AUGUCGGCAAGACACAGGAUUCCGAAGGCUGGAGGAUUGUGCGACGCACCGGCGGACUACAUAAUGAACAGGGCGCGGGAAGAUGGAGUGGCUCUUUGUUGUGAAAAGAAAGAGCACGCCAUAGCGACCAUCUGGGCCCAUGCCCACGGGCUUAUACUGCCCGACCUUCACGAUUUGAUCCGACCAGAUAAAGUCAAAAGUUGGUAUCAGUAUUAUCGAUGGUCUACUCAAAACCUAAAGGCAGAGAUAUACGACCGGAUGAGCGGGGUCCCUGGUUCGCAUUCCAUCUUUUACAACCUUACUUUGAUCAGGGAAAAGGAAGCAUUAGUUGCAAUUUCUUUGUACCUCGAUGCGAUGGGGGUAGACUACGAACAGGAUAUUGAAGAAAGGUCGAUCAACCCAAUACCUGAGAAGAAAGUGGGGAAAAUACUUCUUGGCCUUGCACAGCUAGUCUUUGGAGCCCAGGAACAAGCUCAGCCUCCAACAUAUGACGUCCCAUUACAACACCAAGCACUAUCUCCAACUAACCGCAACGUUCCUGUACUUUUUUCGGAAAUUCCAACUGCUGCCUGUAGAGCUGCGUCGUAUGGUCUGGGACAUCAUAGUGGACGAGCCACGAGUAAUACAAUUUUAUCGCCAACGGCUGAUCACGAAGUGCAAUGCGCCGGUUCCGGUUGCUCUAUGCGUCAACAAGGCAUCAAGGGGUUGGGCUAUGAAAAAAUAUACGAAAUGCCAAUUUCCUGGUUAUGGCAACAGGUACUGCCCGAGCUGGGAUUUAUUAAGAAUAUAGCCUACACCAACUGGCAUUUUUCGGCAACAAUGGAGGAGAAACUUGUUGACAAGCUUGUUUCGUUCAUCAAUGUGAAGACUGUUACGUGGGUCCCUAACGAUUUCGAUGUCUGGUUCAAACCAUAUAGCACCGAACUAUACAAUAUCAAGACCUAUGCCAGUACUGCGUCUAAUCCGAGUCUCGGUAAGAAAGAAAGGAACAUAGAUAACAAGCAACUUGACCACGUGCGCAAGUUGUUUGAAAAAUGCGACCACAAGCGCAUUGAUGCUGCUCUUGCAGCUAAUCAAGCUGCUGGUGUUGCGGAACAUCAACUAGUACCAGUUGAAAUACGGGAGAAUAUGCCUGAGUUCCGCGUUGCAUGGACAAAGAAUCUGUUGGACCCUAGGGUCUAG